AUGUCGAAAUCAACAACUAAAGUGCCAUUAACAGAUAAAGAUCGACGAAAACAAAUAUCUAUUCGUGGUUUACCACUACUUGAAAAUGUAGCAUCCGUUAAAAAAACAUUUAAUCGACAUUUACAUUUUACUGUUGUUAAAGAUCGUAAUGUAGCUACAAAUCGUGAUUAUUAUUUAUCAGCAGCUUAUACUGUACGUGAUCAUCUUGUUGGUCGAUGGAUUCGUACACAACAACAUUAUUAUGAUAGUGAUCCAAAACGUGUUUAUUAUUUAUCAUUAGAAUAUUAUAUGGGACGAUCAUUAUCAAAUAUGAUGGUUAAUCUUGGCAUUGAAUCAGAAUUAGAUGAAGCUUUAUAUGAACUUGGUUUAUCUAUUGAAGAAUUAGAAGAGUUUGAAGACGAUGCUGGGUUAGGUAAUGGUGGUCUUGGUCGACUUGCUGCUUGUUUUCUUGAUUCAAUGGCUACACUUGGAAUAGCUGGUUAUGGUUAUGGAUUACGUUAUGAAUUUGGUAUAUUUCAACAAACAAUUAAAGAUGGUUUUCAAUAUGAAGAACCUGAUGAUUGGUUACGUUAUGGAAAUCCAUGGGAAAUUCCUCGACCAGAAUAUCAAAUUCCAGUUAAUCUUCAUGGUCGUGUUAUUGAACAAAAUGGAAAACCAAAAUGGGUUGAUACAAAGAUUAUUAUGGCUAUGCCUUAUGAUACACCAGUUCCAGGUUUCAAUAACAAUGUCGUUAAUACACUUCGAUUAUGGAGUGCAAAAGCCGCACAAAAAUUUAAUUUUCAAUUUUUUAAUGACGGAGAUUACCUUAAUGCAGUUAGCGAACAAAGUUUAGCUGAAAAUGUUACACGUGUACUCUAUCCAAAUGAUAAUUAUCAACAAGGCAAAGAACUUCGUCUUAAACAAGAAUAUUUUCUUGUUGCUGCUACUUUAUCAGAUAUUAUUCGACGAUAUAAACAUUCGAAAUUUGGAAUUACUUCAACAACUCGAGAUGAUUUUAGUAAUUUUCCAGACAAGGUAUGA